CUUGUGUUAUCUUUAUCAAAUACAUAUUUUAUGUAUAUAUGUAUAUUGGUGGAGUCUGUCUCAUUUCUCGAUUCGAAUCGCUUUAAAUCAUCAAUUCAAGAAACACCCAGAUUGUUUUUUUUUUAUAUUAUUAUUAUUAUUCUAUAUUUCAACAACUUUUAUAAAUCCCAUAUUAAUAUUUGAUUUUUAUAUACAAAUAUACAUAUAAGUAUUAAAAACGGAGAUAUUGUAUAAGGUUUUGAUUGAUUUCAAUAGUUUGAGAUUGAAUUGAAGAACACUAAGAAAUCUAGGAAUGGAAGACAAUACUAGUUGCAAAUUCAAGAGGGUCUGUGUAUUCUGCGGAAGCAAUCCUGGGCACAGAAAAGUCUUCAGCGAUGCUGCUAUUGAUUUGGGGAAUGAACUGGUGAAGAGGAAGAUGGACUUGGUGUAUGGUGGAGGAAGUGUUGGGUUGAUGGGUUCGAUUUCGCAGAGAGUCUAUGAUGGAGGUUGCCAUGUUCUUGGGGUUAUUCCAAAAGCUCUUAUGCCUCUAGAGAUAUCAGGUGAGACUGUUGGAGAAUUAAAAAUUGUUUCAGACAUGCAUGAGCGAAAAGCUGAAAUGGCUAGAGAGGCUGAUGCUUUUAUUGCUCUUCCUGGAGGAUAUGGAACCAUGGAAGAGCUAUUGGAGAUGAUAACAUGGUCACAACUCGGAAUUCAUAAAAAACCAGUUGGUCUGCUAAAUGUUGAUGGAUACUACAACUUUCUGCUCGCAUUAUUCGACAAUGGUGUUAAAGAAGGUUUCAUAAAGCCAUGUGCUCGCGACAUAAUUAUCUCUGCUCCAACUGUCAAGGAGCUUUUAAUGAAGAUGGAGGUAGAGACCCAGCCUAACUGUACUAUUGUUAUUGCAAUAUACUCCUUCCCAUGACCAAGUUGCUCCCCAUGAAAGCUGGAAUAUGGAGCAACUGAGUAAUUAUCCAAGUGGACCGAACUCACAAUAAAUUUGUUGUUUGUGGUAGGUCUCCGACAAUUGAUUCCUGAUGUGAUUCAUCAUCAUUGUUUGAAUUUUGUAUGAGAAUCCGCUCAAAUGGGGCCGCAUAUUGUGCAUUGCUGUUUAUAUUUUUUCUCA